CUUCUCUCUCGAACUCGAUUCCUUCAAACUACCUUACUCUUCGUUCAAUCCUUUCCCAUCCAACGAUUGGGAUCUCCUCCUGCCUCACCAUUUCUUGUGUACGUCUAUCUUGUGAAGCCAUCAUGCGAGGCGAGAUCUGCCACAUUCACAUUGGCCAGGCUGGUACUCAGCUUGGUAACAGCGCUUGGGAGUUAUACCUCCUAGAGCAUGGCCUGAAGGCUGAUGGUCGUCUUGACCCGGAUGCAGCCGAUGAAGUCAACUCCGGUGGUUCCUUUGAGACCUUUUUCACUGAGACCAGCAACGGCAAAUAUGUCCCCCGUUCUAUCUUCGUUGAUCUCGACCCCUCGCCUAUCGAUGAAAUCCGCACCGGUAACUACCGCCAGCUCUUCCAUCCCGAGCUUUUGAUUAGCGGAAAAGAAGACGCCGCCAACAACUACGCUCGUGGUCACUAUACCAUCGGAAAAGAGCUUGUGGACAGUGUCGCUGAUCGCGUCCGCCGUGUGGCCGAUAACUGUUCUUCUCUACAGGGCUUCCUGGUCUUCCACUCCUUCGGUGGUGGUACUGGCUCUGGUUUCGGCGCGCUAUUGCUGGAGCGUCUCUCCGCCGAGUACGGCAAAAAGGCUAAGCUAGAGUUCGCCGUUUAUCCUUCUCCUCGCGUUUCAACUGCUGUUGUUGAGCCCUACAAUGCUGUUCUGUCCACCCACAGUACCAUUGAGAAUGCCGACUGCACCUUCCUCGUUGACAACGAGGCAGUCUAUGACAUCUGCCGUCGGAACCUAGAUAUUCCCCGCCCUAGCUAUGAGCAUCUGAAUCGCCUGAUCGCUCAAGUUGUCAGCUCCAUCACGUCCAGUCUUCGCUUCGACGGUGCCCUCAACGUCGACUUGACCGAAUUCCAGACAAACCUGGUGCCCUUCCCCCGUAUCCACUAUCCAUUGAUCUCCUACGCCCCCGUUGUGUCCAGCAACCGCAGCUCCCAUGAAAGCUUCAAGGUGCAGGAUCUUACCUUCCAGUGCUUCGAACCUAACAACCAGAUGGUGGUCUGCGAUCCUCGGAACGGAAAGUACAUGGCUGUGGUUCUGCUGUAUCGCGGUGACGCCGUGCCCCGUGAUUGCAACCAGGCUAUCUCCUCGGUCAAGGCCAAGGCUUCGUUCAAUCUGGUUGAAUGGUGCCCUACCGGAUUCAAGCUGGGUAUUAACUACCAGAAGCCGGUGCGGGUUCCCGGCAGCGAGCUCGCCCCCGUCGACCGUUCCGUCAGCAUGCUCUCCAACACCACCUCCAUCUCUGAGGCCUGGGGCCGUCUCGACCACAAGUUCGACCUUAUGUACUCCAAGCGUGCCUUCGUUCACUGGUAUGUGGGUGAGGGCAUGGAGGAAGGAGAGUUCUCCGAGGCCCGUGAGGACCUCGCUGCGCUGGAGAAAGACUACGAGGAGGUCGCCAACGAUGGCGAACCGCUGGAGGAAGAACCUGAAUACUGAUCGACUCGUAUUCCUGCGCCUUCUCUGCUCGUCUGUCUACUUCUUGGCUUGUUUAAUUUGUGCCAAAAUUGUAUCCUCUCCUUGUACUUUCGACACCCCCUUCUGUUCGUGUUUCCCUAGCGUUCGUUCUAUUUCCUUCUUGUCCGAUAGUCAGUCGGUAGAAUAUGGCGAGUAAAAUAUGAAUACACAUUUAAUUUCCUGCGAGGGA